AUGAAUAGAAUCCAAAAAUCAAAUAAAAAAAUUAACAAUCUUUUUUAUAAUCGACACGAGGUACUUCUAUGUUUUGAAUUUUGAUUUGUAGUUUUUCGUCGAAGUUUAGCAAGAUAUAUACCUACUAAUUAUUGGGUAUUUAAUUAUUUAUCUCCGAAGAAACAAAGCAAAAAUCUUUAACUACCCUUGUACAGAGAAAAUGAAUUAAAGUAUUAUUCUAUGGGGAUAUUAACCUUGCAGUGUGUUGGAAGCAUAUACCGCAAUGAACAUUGGUGUUGUUAGCGGCCAGGGUAUAGGGGAAGUGGCUCUUAUAGCUGAUGACCUAAGUCGUGCUGUAGAGCUCACCCUGAAUCCAUCAGUGUCACAGGAUGCACGGAACCAGGCCUACAAUGCUUGUGAAAGCUUCAAAGAGAAUUCUCCAUGGUGUGCUCAGGCGGGGCUGUUGUUGGCUAGUGGCAACCAAUAUUCAGCAGUUGUAAAACAUUUUGGCCUGCAGCUCAUGGAGCAUACUAUCAAGUACAGAUGGACUCAGAUUACACAAGCUGAAAAAUUGUUUAUUAAGGAAAAUGCCAUGAAACUAUUAUACAUGGGCGGGUGGGAGACAGCGCAUCUUAACGACGCUCUGGCUCGAGUUAUUGUGGAGAUGAUCAAGCGUGAGUGGCCUCAGCAGUGGUCUACGUUGCUUGCCGAACUGAGUGACGCUUGCGCGAGAGGACAUCUCCAUACGCAGAUUGUGUUGCAUGUGUUCUUGAGGCUUGUUGAAGAUGUUGCUACACUUCAGACAUUGGAGCAGCAUCAACGACGGAAGGACAUACACCAAGCACUAACAAGUAACAUGUCGGAGAUCUUCAGCUUCUUCAUGCGUUUGAUAGAAUUGCAUGUUCAGGAGUUCAGAGAAAAGACUGCUGCUGGCGAUUAUGUUGCCGCUGCCAGUAAUGGUAGAGUUGUUCAGGUUGUGCUGUUAACAUUAACGGGAUUUGUAGAAUGGGUGUCAAUAAACCACGUUGUUAUGAACAAUGGACGCUUGCUACAAAUGCUAUGUAUCUUACUGCAAGAUGAUGCAUUCCAGCUACCAGCUGCAGAGUGUCUACUGCAAAUAGUUAAUAGGAAAGGCUCUACUAAGGAGCGGAAACCACUCAUCAUAUUAUUUAGUGAAGACGCAAUCUCAUGUAUCCACCGGGCGGCAGUCGCUAGCAUUAAUCUAAUGGAUGAAAACCACUAUUUGUUCCUCAAGAAACUCUCACAGGUGAUAGCCGGUCUUGGUCAACAACUGGUCUCACUUUGGACCUAUAUCAACAAUGCUGAGUUAUGGAUGCCGAUCCUUCUAGAAACAAUGCUUCUGCUAACGUCACAUCCGUCCCUCACGCUAACACAGACAGUGAAUACUGUUUGGUUGAUGUUCUUGAGACAUGACUAUAUACCGAAUUUGCAACAAUUGAUCGCUGUCAUACCUAGAUGGUUGCAAGCAUCCGCUCCUAAAGUACUCAAAGUAACGUACCCAACGUCACGAACGAGUGACGUCAAUGAUGCGGUCACCUAUGCGUGUAUAGACUAUGACAGCGAACAAGAAUUCAAUGCAUUUUUCAGCCGGUUUCGAGUAGAAAUUUUAGAGAGCUUCAGGCACUGCAUGGUGGCGGCGCCGCUGGUGACGUGGUCGUACGUGGAGCAGUGGACCCGCGCCGCGCUGCACAAGGUCCCGUCCUGUCCGCCGCGCGUACACGCCGCGCACCCGCUGCACGUCGAGUGGGAGGCGCUCUCUAUGGUACUGGACGUGGUGCUCUCCCGGCUGCUUCAAGCGGAACCACGUCCAAAUGUAAUGGAGGGUCUUCAGCUACUGCAGCGCUGCGUGGCGUGCGAGCCACCAGCACCUCUCAUACUCUCGCUCCUGCUCUCUUUUAUAUCUGCUUUGUUCGUGUUCAUAAGUUGUGCAUAUAGUCAAACCGCCGGUGCGGGUGCGCUGGCAGCGGGUGCGGACCUGCUGCCGCGCGUGCUGGACAAGAUCUUCGCGGCGCUCGUGACCGAGGGCUCGGCGGGCGGCGCGGGGGGCGCGGGGGGCGCGGGCUGCGACGGCGGCGCGGCGGAGGCGGACGCCGACCACGGCCACCGGCCGCGUGCAGUGAAGAACGUGCGACGACACGCCGCCGGCCUACUCGUCAAACUCGCGACCAAGUUCCCGCUGUUACUGCUGCCCGUGUUCCCGCGUCUGUUGGAGAUGAGUCGGGCGGCGCUGGCACGGCCCGAUCUCAGUCCAGUUGAAAGUGUUACAUUGCAGGAGGCCCUUUUGUUGGUCUCUAACCAUUGCUGCUGUUAUGAGCGGCAAGCUGCUCUAGUUGAACAGAUGUUGGGCCCGUGGACGGCGCGGUGGGCGGAGCUGACGCCGCACGUGAGCAGCGCGGCGGCGCUCGCGCGGCUCGUGGGGCUCGACGCGCCGCCCGCGCCGCCCGCCGCCGGCGGCGAGCACGCGCGCGCGCGCCGCGGGCUCAUGCACGCGCUCAUGCUGCUGCUCGGCGUCGUCAAGCGGGUCUGCGUGCCCGCCGACCCCGACAAAGCGGCUCGCGGCGGGUUCAGCGCGGGCGUGACGGCGGCGGGCAACCCCGUGUGGCGCAACCCGUGCAGCGCGCACGUGCUGCCGCUGUUCCCGAGCGCGCUGGCGCUGUGCCGCGCGCUGCACGAGCUGCACGCGCCCGCGGCGGGCGGCGCGCUGCACGCGGGCCACGCGCGCGCGCUGCUGCUGCCGCACGCCGAGCGCCGCACGCUGCUCGCGCACCGCGACCCCCCGCCGCUCGCGCCCGCCCUCCCGCAGGACCGCAUGCAGAACUUCCUGUACACGCUGCACGAGAACGUGUGCCACCUGGUGGGCGCGGCUGCGGGCUCCCUAGGCCGCGAGCUGUACGCGGUGCCGGAGCUGGCGCGGUUCGUGGCGGGCUCGCUGCUGCACGGGCUCGACCACCUGCCCGACCACUGGCUGCGGCCCAUCUUUCGUAACGCUCUCAAGCCGCUGCUGCAUCACUGCCCGCCCGCACACUUCGCCGACGUCGCGCUACCGCUUCACGACCACAUAGCUCCAUUUAUGUUAAUGCAUUUAUCACAAAGAUGGGAGUAUAUUACGUCACUAUAUGACUCGGGCAAGUUAGAAGACGAAGCUGGCAGUGAAUCACAAGAGGUACUCGAAGAUAUACUCGUUAGACAUUUGACAAGAGAACACUUAGAGGUGAUCAAGAUCUCGCUGGUGGACGGUCCGCUGGUGGCGGAGAGCCCUGGCGGCGGCGAGAUGGAGGAGGAGAGUAUAGCGUUGCCGCCGCGCGCCGCCGACACCGUGUCCGAGCUGGGCGCCGCGCUGCUGCAGCACCCGCGCGCCGGGCCCGCACUCUUGCACACCGUGCUACGCGCGCUGAUGUGGAACGACUCCCCUUCUUCGCUGCGUGCGUGUGCGCUGGCACUGCCCGCGCUGCGCGGCGCGCUGGCGGCCGGCCUGGUGGGGCCCGCGGAGGCUAACGGCGCGCUCGCAGCGGCGCUGCACGCGCUGCGCACUCACGGGCAGCACGAUGCCAACCAGGCCGCGCUGCUCGCGCUCGCCGUGCAGGCGUACGAGACUUUACGGCCGCGGUUCCCGAGCGUGGCGGCCGUGCUACGGGAGAUUCCCGACGUGGACGAACACGAUCUUCACCGACUUGACGAGAAACUUGCUGCCAAUACCACCAAGCCCUCUAAGAUCGACAAAAGUAAACGGGACCUCUUCAAGAAGAUCACCUCUAGGUUAAUCGGUCGCAACGUAGGACAAUUGUUUAAGAAAGAGGUAUCGAUCCUGAACCUGCCGACAAUGCCGCCGGUGGAGCGGCCGCGUCCGCUCGAGGCGGACGGUGUAGCUUUCGAGCGGCUAUUCGCAGGCGCACCCACCUAGCGGGCGAACUGUUGCAGCAUAUAGCCGCAAUUAACUAAAUUAAUUAAUCCGGGAGCCAGGCAUAGCUUCAAAGGUUGGAAUAUAUUUGUAGACCUUUGAAAACAUAUAAUACCAAACAAAGAGAGAUAAACAUAGCACAUUGAUUGAAUAUGGAAUGCUUUGAAAAAAUCAAAUACCCGUGCCAUACAUUGGAGCCAUGUCUGAUGCCGGCUUUAGUCAUAUCUCAUGAUAUCCCAUAUUUUACUGUAUAAUAAUUAUAUCGAUGUAAUAAUUAAAUUAUG